AUGGCGGUCGAUUUGGAAUUGGCCUAUGAAAAGCCGGCGAUAUCGGGAGAUGGCCAUGACCAACAAUCUAGCGAACCUGACCAAACAGCGUUUGAACAAGAGACAAAAGACAAUGUCGUCGACUGGGAUGGGCCAGGCGAUCCCCAUAAUCCACGGAACUGGCCAGCAUGGAGACGCAUGAGCCAAGUCGUGCUCGCCAGCGGUUUCUUGCUCACUGCCAACCUCGCCGCGACAAUGUUUGCCCCUGGAGCCGCCUCGCUUGCGAAGGAGUUCCAUAUCACGAGUUCCACCAUUGUCAGUCUCACCGUGUCCAUUUACCUUUGCGGCUUCGCCGUUGGGCCAAUGUUCAUUGCCCCGCUCUCUGAACUGUAUGGACGUCUUGUGAUCUACCACGCCUGCAAUGUCAUUUACAUUGGCUUCCUCAUCGGAUGUGCGCUGGCCAAAAACACAGGCAUGUUCCUCGUUUUUCGAUUUCUGGCCGGAUGUGCAUCUUCGGGCCCAUUGACAGUUGGUGGAGGAACCGUUGCCGACGUCGUCCCGCCCGCUCAGCGUGGAAGGGCCAUGUCUCUAUUCUCUACAGGACCACUUCUGGGACCAGUCUUGGGCCCAAUUAUCGGGGGUUUCGUGUCCGAGUUAAUCGGCUGGCGAUGGACAUUUUGGAUCAUUACAGUUCUAGCAGGAGUAUUGUUCAUCAUAUCGAUCUUCUUCCUCCGCGAGACAAAUGCCGCCGUGCUGCUAGAAUGGAAGGCUGCUCGUCUCCGGAAAGAAACUGGUAAUACGGCUCUGGUUUCGAAGAUGGAUCGAGGCCUGACCCCCCGCCAGCUAUUCGUCCGCGCGAUUACUCGACCAACAAAGUUUCUCCUCUUGUCCCCUAUCGUGCUCCUCCUAUCACUUCUGUGCGCGUUCGUUUUCGGCCUCCUUUUUAUGCUGUUCACUACGUUUCCCACGGUCUUUGAGGAACAAUACAAUUUCUCCGCCGGCAUUUCUGGCCUGUCAUAUCUCGGCGUUGGAAUUGGAAUGGCCGUCUCUCUCGGAGUCUUUGCCGCUGUGAGCGACAAGCUGCAAAAGGCACUUGGAGAUUCGCCCAAACCUGAAGGGCGCCUAAAGCCCAUGGCGUGGGUCAUGCCCGCCGUACCGGUCGGCAUCUUCUGGUAUGGCUGGGCUGCCGAGAAGCAGACUCACUGGAUCGUGCCCAUCAUCGGGACAUCCUUCUUUGGGUUCGGCCUUCUCUGGAUCAUAAUGCCGACACAGCUCUACAUGGUGGAUGCUUUUGGGCCUGAGGCUGCCGCCUCUGCUUUGGCUGCAAACGUCAUUCUCCGACUUCUUUUUGCAGCUUUUGUUCCAUUGGCAGGGCCACCUUUCUAG